CGAGACGGGAGGAAAUCGGGAUACUAAAAAAGCUCAAGGAACGUCUCCGGAUAGGCUUUAAUCUAAAAGAUUAAACAGGGACAUUGAACUGCGGAUUGCAAAGAAGUCCCGCGACAGGAUAAACGCCCUCAGACGCGGCGGGAGGAUGGCGACGGGAGUCACUUCCAGCCGCACAUUUGGCCAAGAGGAGUACAGUCUGUACAGCAGCCUGAGUGAGGAGGAACUAAUCCAGAUGGCGGUCGAGCAAAGCCUUGAGACGCAAUCCGACUCGGUGCAGCCUCCAGGUCCGAGGGGCCAGGCACACCCCAGGAAUCGAGCUCAGGCCCAGGUGAAUGGGCGUGGGGUUCAGACCGCGGCCCCUCAAGCUUGUGCCAAGACCAGGUCGCCCGUGACUACUUCUGCUCCGACCGCCAACCCUCCGAGAUCAAGGAGAUUCGAUGGGAGGCUGAUUCGACCCUCCAAGCCGGUGGUGGAGGUGGAUCCUGCCGUUGUUGCGAUAAAAAAUGGUGAUGAAGAAACCUUGUCAAAUAUGAUCCGAGCUGGGAAAGUGCUUUCUGUGCCAAACUCGGAGGGCUGGCUCCCUCUGCACGAAGCAAUUUACUAUAACAAACCCGGCUGUGCGAAACUGUUGCUUCAAGCUUAUCCUGGAACUGUAGACUGUCGCACACUGGCAGAAGAAACUCCUUUAUUCUUAGCAACAUGCAGGGGGAACUUGGAAUGCAUGAAAUGUUUACUAGAAGCAGGAGCAGAAUGCGACAUCUCGAGUAAGGCAAAAGAAACUGCGCUCUACAAAGCCUGUGAACAUAAAAAUGUGGAAGCUGUUAAACUUCUGAUACAAUAUAAUGCUGAUGUGAAUCACCGCUGCAACCGUGGGUGGACUGCUCUUCAUGAGGCUGCGAUACGAAAUGAUCUAGACAUCAUGGAAGCUCUGCUCAUGGCUGGUGCCAAGAUUGAAGCAACAAAUAUUUAUGGAAUCACUCCAUUAUUUGUUGCAGCACAAAGUGGACAACUGGAAUCUUUGCGUUUUCUCACAAAGCAUGGUGCAAAUAUCAAUACACAAGCCAGUGAUAAUGCCUCGGCAUUGUAUGAAACCAGCAAGAAUGAGCAUGAAGAAAUUGUGGCUUUUCUUCUUUCACAAAAUGCUGAUGCAAACAAAGGAAGUAAGGAUGGUUGGCUGCCCCUUCACAUUGCUGCUGCAAGGGGCAAUAUGGCGAUAGUUCAGAUGUUGAUUCCCGUUACCAGCAAAGUCCGGGUGAGGCGCAGUGGAAUUAGUCCCCUUCAUCUUGCUGCUCAACACAAUCGAAAUGAUAUUGUUGAAGAACUGAUUGAAGCUGGAUAUCCUAUCGAUGCCCUCUUGUCACCAGAAAGAUCCCGGCUGUUUGAAGAUAAACGUACUUCAGUUUUGUAUUUUGCUGUUUACAAUAAUAAUGUAGAAACCACAGAAAUGUUGCUCAAGGCUGGAGCAAAUCCUAAUGUCGAUCUGAUAAACCCCCUUCUAAUCUCUAUCCGACAUGGCUCCAUCAAAAACAUAAAGCUGCUCAUAAAAUAUGGAGCCAACAUCAAUGCUUAUAUUCCAACGCAUCCGACUUCCUUCCCAGCAACGAUCAUGUUUUCUAUGAAGUACCUCACUUUGUUGAAGUUAAUUAUGGAUUUUGGUGGUGAUGGAGAGGCAUGUUUUAAAUGUGUGUAUGGAAGUCAUCAACAUCCAGAGCAAGAGCAGAGAAGAGACGAUAUACAAAUGGAGCGUAAAAAGCCCAGACCUGUACAAUUUUGUGAAAUGGUGUCUACACCUGGAAUCUACAGAUGGGCUGGGCCAAUCAUUGAUGUCUUACUUGACUAUGUUGGAAAUGUGAAUCUCUGCAGUAAACUGAAGGAACAUCUCGACAGUUAUGAUGAAUGGGCGACUAUCAAGACAAAAUCAGAACCUCCAAGACCUCUUGUCCAUCUUUGCAGAAUUAAAGUUCGAAAGCUUUUGGGACUUCAGAGAUUAAAAUUUAUUGAAAUGUUGCCUCUACCUGGCAGGCUGAAAAGAUACUUGGAGUACAACAACACAAAUGAUUUGAUGUAAAUUUAACUUUUGACAGAAACCACUCAGAAACUACAAGAAAAGCAUUUGUAUGCAGAAAAGGAGGUCAGUCCAAAAGUUGCAACUGUAAAUGAUUUACUGUAUACCGAAAGAAGUAACGUUUUGUGGGAUUGCAAGCAUGGAGUUACCAGAUCGACAAAUUAGUUUUGGACAGAUUUCAAAUGGCCUAAACCUAAAUGGAUAAGGACUGAAAGGUUGAAAAAUAAGUCAGGGAUUUUGGAUUUUAUUAGUUCCAAGUAUAGGAACCAAAACUAGGUGUAUUGAACAAAAUAAUUUGGAAAUGCACGGCACAUUAGUCACCAUCAAAAUGAGAAAAGGUAAGUUGAAAUUUAACCUGUUAACGUGUCCUAAUGAGGAGUCCCACUGGACACAUCAGCUUCUCUCUCCUCUUUCACAUGCUGCUUGAUCUACUCUGUAUUUCUGGCGUUUUGUGUUUUCAAUUUAGAUUUCUAGCCUCAUAGUUUUUUUCUUUUCAUCGCUUACAAUUUGGCAUUUUAACAUGUACAUAAAACUGUAAACAAUGUACCAAAGCAUAACCUGUCACAUCAACAUGUAAGAUAAAGAUGUUUUAAAUUUUAACUUUUUUAAAAUUCCAAUUUCAGAAAGGAGUAGCCAAGACACUGAUUGUUCAGUUUUUAUGCACCUCAGGCAGAAUUUGUGAAUGAAACUUGCUUCAGUUUGCACCUUGCUCCAUAAAGAUAGUAUAGCCAUGAUAAGCUCAAACCCAUUUCUAGUCGAAUUUUUAAUAGAAAUUUGACAUCUUAUUUAAUUUUUAUGCUUUAUUAAAUGUAGUAAACACUAAGCUAUAAGGUGUUAGCUAGCAGAAAAAUAUUACUAAAUAUCUUGGGUUGCUUGAUUAAUGCCAUUUGUUGCAUGGAACAUCACAGCAGCUGAAGAGAAAUUGUGUUUUUAAUUGCACUGACAGUACCAUAGUUGUUGCUAUACCUUCGAAAAUAUUCAACUCUUAAGGUUAAGUGCACCAUUAUAGGAUUGAGCCAUAUAGUCCAAGCAAGUCCUAAUUGUAUGUCAUGGUAUGUACUGAGUUACCUGGUCUUAUCCAAGACAGCAUUUGGUGCAUUGGAAUAGGCCAUUUAGCCUAUUCCAUCAAUUAGUUAGAUAAUGGGUGAUUUUAUUUUACCUCAACUCAAUUUACUCAACUUUGCUUCAUAUCGUGGCACAGUGGUUAGCACUGCUGCCUCACAGCGCCUGUAGACCCGGGUUCAAUUCCCGACUCAGGCGACUGACUGUGUGGAGUUUGCAUGUUCUCCCCGUGUCUGCGUGGGUUUCCUCCGGGUGCUCCGGUUUCCUCCCACAGUCCAAAGAUGUGCGGGUCAGGUGAAUUGGCCAAGCUAAAUUGCCCGUAGUGUUAGGUAAGGGGUAAAUGUAGGGGUAAGGGUGGGUUGCGCUUCGGCGGGUCGGUGUGGACUUGUUGGGCCGAAGGGCCUGUUUCCACACUGUAAGUCUAAUCUAAUCUAAUCUAAUCUAAUCUCAUGGACUACUCAUGAACAAAAGUCUUUGAACUCAGUAUUGAAAAUUUCAAUUGAGCCUGUAAGAUUUACAAUAUCUUAUAUGUUAAAAAAGUACUUCCGGAUUUCACUCCUAAAUGAUACCAGGCUUUAGUUUGAAUGGUAUGAGCUACCCACCAGAGGAAGCCAUUUCCCUGAAUGUGCUCCUAUCAAAUUCCUUUCUCAUUUUAAAUGCCUGAUGUAGAUUGACCCUCAAAUAAUCUCAACUAAGAAUGCUACAAAAAGGCUCUGCAUUCUUGGGUUACAAAAAUGAGGAAACAACCAUAUUUUCACUCCUGGUUGUCAUUAGUCAUUUCAGAAAGUGUUUGCAUGCCAGCAUCACUUUGGAAAAAGUGAGCACUGCAGAUGCUGGAGAUCAGAGUGGAGAGUGUGGUGCUGGAAAAGCACAGCAGUUAAUGCAGCAUUCAAGGAACUGGAGUGUCGAUGAUCAGGCAUAAGCUCUUCAUCAGGAAUGAGGCCUCGGAUGCUGCCUGACCUGCUGUGCAUUUCCAGUUCACCCUCUCGACACAGCAUCACUUUGGAUGAGGGUCAAAAAAACACUGAAAUAUCACGCAAAUUCUUAAUGUCUAGACUACACUUAAAUAAAGCUCAUAUGAGUAACAUAUUAAAAACUGCCAACAUAUGUAGCAUUAGAGAUGGGACAAAACCAAGAAAAGAAGCAUCUAAUGUUUAUCUCCAUAAGGUGGGUUGCAGUUCUGAGUUUUGAUGCAAUUUAGUGCCAGCUUCACAAUUACAUUGCAUUUAUCAGAGAAUUCUUAACAUCACAUUGUAAACUCAAAGCCUGUUAGCGUUGACAUUGACAAUAUAGGGCAAAUUCAGGAUUAUAAUGCUGUAACCUCUCCCAGAACCUGAUCAGUCUUAUUUACGAUAUUCAUUUUUUCUGUUUCCAAGAUUGAACAGGGUUGACUAAGAGCAGAAAGGAGUGUAGGGUUACAGUGUGAAUGCUGAAAUUUCCUUUGCUAAUGAUGAAAGUUCAUUGAAAACAUUAACCUGGAUGAUUAAUAUCUAUAUAUCAUAUAUAUAUCAUGAUCAGAUCAGGAGCAAAGUAAUGGAAUUUUGUUUUUAUAAAAUUACUGAGAGUCCCGUUUAUAUCACUGUAAUUUCUAGAUAAGCUAUUCAAAUGCUGGCUUGUUUGGAUCAACAUACUGAUUUCAACAUCUUUUAUUUUCUUUAUUUGUAUUCAAUCCUGAGAUCCACUGAUAAAAUAGUGUCUGGAACGGCAAGAAUAUCACUUAACUGUAGUUUUAUUUUGAAGUAUUAUGCAAUGGAAUG